AUGUCUUCUCUGAGAGUCCGGACAACCGGCAAACCUCAACUAAAGCUCGCCGAGUUGAUUGAGGAAACCUCUCCCCCUGAGGAAAGAGCCGUCUGCGUGCUUUGUUACGACUCAACAACUCCACAGGAUCCCGCGAUGUACAUGUCCUGUACCAAACCACACUGUUUACAUGUUUCCUGUGCGAGCAACGCCGUUGACGACCAGACUCGCUGUCCUUCCUCCCCCGAGCAAAUUAUUGACCUCAACCAAACGGAAGCGGCGCCGGGCGAAGCAACUACGAAGAGCAAGACUAAGAACAAGAAGCAGAAGCGAAAGCAAAAGAAAAAGCACUAG